CAUGGCCCAGAACUAUUCAUCCGAAGUUGUGCUGAAGAACACAGCUGAGGCUGUUAUCAUUCCACUGAAAAAUGGCAUCUCCUCCCUGAAUGGAGUCUACGAGGCCCUGAUUAAGGCAGAUGUAGAUCCUAUUACUGGGCAAUGCUCCAACUACAACUACAUCAGACAGCAGAUAGUGCAGGCUCAUCAACACCUGCAGAGGUCAGAACAGGUGGCCAAUUCGGGGUUAAAGAGUCUGGAUGAAAGCUUAGAGAGAUUUACAGAAGAUGAGGGAAAACUGGAAUGUGAUAUAAAUGAUACAGAAAAAACUUUAGACAACUUAAGAACAAAGCAGGCAUUUAAUCAAAAAUUACUCAGAGAAUGCCAGGGAUCUCUGGAGCUGGCCAGGACAAAGCUGAAUUCAACAAAACAGAUACUUCAGGAACAGGAAAGCAGAAAACACAAUGCUGAAAUAGUCACAGGUGUUGGCGCGGGGCUGAUGGUUAUACCAUUCAUUGGAUGGAUUGCAGGUUCUGCCAUGAUGAUUGGUGGUGCAGUUGAAAUGGAUCAAGCAGAAAAUGCUGUCAGCGAGGCUGAAGAAGAGGAGAGAAGGUCUUACAAUGAAGUGAAAAAUUACGAACAUAAAGUAUCGGACUAUGAGUCCAAGAUUUCCCAUACCAGUCAUGACAUCAGUCAGAAAAAUGAUAAGCUGAAGAUGGCACGUGAAGGAAUCCAGGAAGUGAAGAAGCAGAUACAGGCUGUUGCUGAUUUCCAGAGCAAAGCGAGAAGGGCCGUCCAGUUCCUGGGUGUUCUGAGUGGGAGGGCCAGCGUAGCUGAACAUCAGACUCGCAGAUUCAUCCUCCAGGAGCCUGUGAUGAAGGUGAUGGAGGAUGUUAUGAACGCAAUGAAGGAGAUCACAGGGAAUGAGUUCCUGUACAACAAAGACAUGAUGAGACUCAUCGAUCAAAUGAAGGAGAACAACCUACGCCUGGCAGCCAUCUGUGCCUCAGAGAAAAAUGCUGUGGACGACUACUGACAGACUUUCAUUGUUAGUAACAUGCAUUGGUGUAAAAAAAAAAAAAAAAAAUCAAAGGCUUUUCAUGUACUAGGUGCAUAAUUUUCAUGUUCUGUUCCCUACUCUGUCCCAUUGCACCAGCAUUGUAGUUAUAACAUUUCUUUUAAAAUUGCCAAACUUUCUUAUCUUUAUCUCAGUAAUUAUUUUAUAAACAAUGUGGAAGUCAAUAAUGAUCAAGAAUUCCAUCAUGGGUUUCUCCUAAUGCCAAGUUUGCGUGAACACAUGAAAAUGAGAGUAAAAGCACUUUUUUUUUGGUUUAGAAGCAACACUUGGUUUUAACAAUUUUCAUUAAUUUUUUAUCCUCUAAGAUAAAUGUCAUUUAAAAUUUUUUGCUUCCGAUUGUAUUUAUGAUCAAAGCCAACAACUCUUUCCAAGAUUAUUGCAUUGUUACCCUUUUUUUUGUCAACCUGAAUAUUCAACUCAAUUAUACUAAAAAUUCU